AUGAUUCGAGCGAUGUUUGGCAGCUUCCUGGCCGUGUGCGCAUCCUUGGCUAGGGCGAAGCUUGUGGAUGUUGUGUCAGAUGCCUACUACAUCAAUCUAGCGCAGGCGACAGAUCGGGAUCAGUUCAUGAAGACACAGCUCGCGAGGCUGGAGCAAGAAUCGGGAAUCCGCUACCAUCGUUUCGACGCAGUUAGUGGCAAGAGCGACCACUCCGUCCAGUUAAUGAUCGCUGUGCUGGCCGCUGAAGCGAGCCACCUGCGCCUGUGGGAGCACAUCUUGAAUGCCCCACCAGCCUCUCCCUUUGCUUUGAUUCUAGAGGAUGAUGCCCGGAUUCCAAGCAAGUUGGAGCAGCGUCUGGAAUGGCUCCACAAGGUUCCCAAAGACGCUGACAUGGUAAUGUUGGGUUAUUAUCUCCUGUGCUACACUGAUGGCAACUUGACUCAGCCCUGCAAGAAAGGAAGUGAAGACUACAAGGAUUUUGCCAGGAUUCAGAAGGCUGUUGACAUGGCAGGUGUGCAAAAAGGCUCUGGUGCGUGGUCCAACUCGAUUUGCGGGUUGCGG